GGAGCUAGCUUUGGAGAGCUCGCUGUGGCGGCGGCAACAUGGCGGAUGUGCUAAGUGUCGGAGUGAAUCUGGAGGCCUUUUCCCAGGCCAUCAGUGCCAUUCAGGCGUUGCGCUCCAGCGUAAGCAGGGUGUUCGACUGCCUGAAGGAUGGCAUGCGGAACAAGGAGACGCUGGAGGGCCGGGAGAAGGCCUUCAUUGCGCACUUCCAGGACAACUUGCAUUCAGUCAACCGGGACCUCAAUGAGCUGGAACGUCUGAGCAAUUUGGUAGGCAAGCCAUCUGAGAACCAUCCUCUCCAUAACAGUGGGCUGUUAAGUCUAGAUCCUGUGCAAGACAAAACUCCUCUCUAUAGUCAGCUCCUUCAAGCAUAUAAGUGGUCAAACAAGUUGCAGUACCAUGCAGGUCUAGCAUCUGGCCUUUUGAAUCAGCAGUCACUGAAACGUUCUGCUAACCAAAUGGGAGUGUCUGCUAAACGUAGACCAAAGGCUCAACCCACGACUCUUGUUUUACCACCUCAAUAUGUUGAUGAUGUGAUUAGCCGCAUUGACAGGAUGUUUCCUGAAAUGUCAAUCCACUUAUCCAGACCCAAUGGAACUUCAGCAAUGCUACUGGUGACCUUGGGGAAAGUGUUGAAAGUGAUUGUUGUCAUGCGGAGCCUAUUUAUUGAUCGAACAAUAGUAAAGGGGUAUAAUGAAAAUGUCUACACAGAAGACGGCAAGCUUGAUAUAUGGUCCAAAUCUAACUAUCAAGUGUUCCAGAAGGUGACAGACCAUGCCACUACCGCGCUGCUCCACUAUCAGCUGCCCCAGAUGCCAGAUGUCGUGGUCAGAUCCUUCAUGACCUGGUUAAGAAGCUACAUAAAGCUGUUCCAGGCCCCAUGCCAGCGCUGCGGGAAGUUUCUGCAAGAUGGCCUUCCCCCCACAUGGAGAGAUUUCCGAACCCUCGAAGCCUUCCAUGACACCUGCCGGCAGUAACCCCCACCCCCACCCCCAGACCCAUUUGUGGCCCCAGGCUGGCAUGCAUACCCCCUUGGAAAACCUUCCCAGACAAGCCCUAACUCGUAUUGAUGGCUCAAACAGUUCUUCACUACUUAAAUAUCAAUAUAGCCAUUCUCUUCCUUUCAUAAGCUAUCGUAUAGUAAAUGAAAGCUGAGCCUCUUAAAAAACAGAUUCCAUCUCUGUAGUUGAUGGGACUAAUUAUAUAUUUUAGCCGGCUUAUAGACGUCGAAGUAGACCUUUUUAGAACAUAAUGUAAGAAAGUUAUGCAGUAUGUUCUUUUUGUAUGUUAUUGAUACUGGUGAGUCAGUUUUUCUGGAUCCAUGUUUUAAGUCAUUUUCAUGAGCUGUUAUCAUUUGAAUAAGCACUUGUGUUCAUAUGUAUUUUCAUGCUAGGUAACUUAUUUUUGUAAGCAAUAAACCUUUUGUACCCAG